AUGCCCGCCACCUUCAUCCCAUACCAUCCCUCCCGUCCGCCUUCACGAGCCGUCUCGAUCGUCGACGGAGCUCCCAACCUUCCGCCUCCCUCAGACGCGCCGCCCUUCUACUUCGACCGACCAUCGUCACGCGCCGACCACUCUCCCUCGCGCUCGUGGUCUCCAACCCGCAUCUCGCUCGACUAUACCGUACCACCCUCCUACAACGCUCCCUACGAACCUGCCGACAUCAACGGGAGCCCAAGACCUGGCUCCCCAUCUAGCAAAUAUGGUGGCAGCUCGAAAAGACCGCUCCCGCCGGCCCCGUUGUUUGCCGGUGUGCGUCCUAACUCUUCGGACGGCGACAAAGACCUCUCUGAUAUGACAGCCAUACCGAUAGAUGGCGACGACGACCCCUUCACCGACGACGAGCGACCAGAUCUACUCAAGACCGACUCGAUUCUUUCCGACUCGACAUACAAUGAGGAUGAUUACGAUGAGAAGGGCGACUAUGCACCAGCACCUGACGGAAAGCAAGAACGUCGUGGUGCUCGGCCUGCUGUCAUGUCCAGGAAAGAGGUCAAACUUAUCAAUGGCGAACUGAUUCUCGAAUGCAAAAUUCCCACCAUUUUGUAUUCAUUCUUGCCGCGUCGCGACGAUAUCGAGUUCACGCAUAUGCGUUACACGGCCGUCACAUGCGAUCCCAACGAGUUCGUCGAGCGUGGCUACAAGCUCCGUCAGCAAAUCGGGAACACCACGCGUGAGACCGAGCUUCUCAUCUGUGUCACCAUGUACAACGAAAACGAACUCGACUUCACUCGUACCAUGCACGGCGUUAUGCGCAAUGUGGCCCAUUUCUGCAGCCGACAGAAGUCUAGAACAUGGGGCAAGGAUGGAUGGAAGAAGGUAGUCAUCUGCAUCAUCGCUGACGGCCGCAAAAAGGUCCAUCCUCGAACUCUGGACGCUCUUGCUGCCAUGGGAGUGUAUCAGGACGGCAUUGCAAAGAACUCGGUUAAUCAGCGCGAAGUCACUGGACACGUCUACGAGUAUACCACGCAGGUGUCUCUUGACCCGGACCUCAAGUUCAAAGGAGCUGAGAAGGGCAUUGUACCUUGCCAGAUGAUUUUCUGCAUGAAGGAGAAGAAUGCAAAGAAACUCAACAGCCAUCGUUGGUUCUUCAAUGCAUUUGGACAAGCUUUGAAACCAAAUGUCUGCAUUUUGCUAGAUGUUGGUACACGACCUGGAGACACAUCGCUAUAUCACCUUUGGAAAGCCUUCGACAACGAUUCUAAUGUCGCUGGUGCUGCUGGCGAGAUCAAAGCUGGCAAAGGAAAGAAUUGGCUUGGCCUCUUCAAUCCGCUUGUGGCGUCUCAAAACUUCGAGUACAAGAUGUCAAACAUCCUGGACAAACCUCUCGAGUCUGUCUUCGGCUACAUCACUGUCUUGCCGGGUGCGUUGAGUGCUUACCGCUUCCAUGCCCUUCAAAACGAUGAGACUGGGCAUGGGCCUCUCAGUCAAUACUUCAAGGGCGAGACCCUACACGGUCAAGAUGCGGAUGUUUUCACCGCCAACAUGUACCUUGCUGAGGAUCGUAUUCUCUGUUGGGAACUGGUCGCCAAGCGCAACGAAUCGUGGGUGUUAAAAUACGUGAGGCAAGCCACUGGCGAGACCGAUGUACCAGACGCUGUCCCCGAGUUCAUCUCCCAGCGCCGAAGAUGGCUGAAUGGUGCCUUCUUUGCUGCAGUCUAUUCUCUUCUUCAUUUCAAGCAAAUCUGGACCACAUCGCAUUCCCCCAUCCGCAAAGCUCUACUCCACGUCGAAUUCAUCUAUCAGUUCAUUCAACUCACAUUUACCUGGUUCUCUCUCGGCAACUUCUAUCUAACUUUCUACUUUGUCGCCGGUUCUCUUUCGGAUCCAAAGAUUGAUCCUACCGGAGCAAAGGUCAAUCUCUGCAAAUAUGUAUUCACCGUACUACGCUAUGCUUGCGUCCUGACCAUCGCAAUGAACUUCAUCUUGAGUAUGGGCAACCGACCCCAAGGAUCAAAGAAGAUGUUCCUCGGGUCGAUGGUCGUUUACGGAAUCGUCAUGGCUUACACAACUUUUGCUUCGAUUUGGAUUGUGGUCAAGGAAUUCAGUGGAGGCAAUAUGCAGAUCGGCAACAACCUCUUCACGAAUUUCAUCGUCAGCACUCUCAGCACCAUAGGACUCUACUUCCUGAUGUCCUUCCUCUACAUGGAUCCUUGGCACAUGUUCACCAGUUCUGCGCAGUACUUUGGCAUGCUUCCCAGCUACAUCUGUACCCUCCAGAUAUUCGCGUUCUGUAACGCCCAUGAUAUCUCUUGGGGAACCAAGGGUGACAACACUGUCAGCACCGAUCUGGGAGCUGCUAAGGCCUCCAAGGGUGGUACUGUCGAACUUGAGAUGCCAAGUGAGCAGCUGGAUAUCGACAGUGGCUAUGACACUGCUCUUCGCAAUCUACGUGACCGCGUUGAAGUCAUAGAACCACCUCCUAGCGCAGCACAACAGCAAGAAGAUUACUACCGUGGUGUCAGAACGUACAUGGUGACGAUUUGGAUGUCCACCAAUGCUAUUCUUGCCAUGGCUGUCAGUGGAGCGUAUGGUGAGACCGGUAUUGCCAACAACGUCUAUCUCAAGUUUAUCUUGUGGGCCGUUGCUGUCUUGGCUCUGUUUCGUGCCAUUGGCUCUUCGACUUUCCUCUUCAUCAAUGCUGUCCACUCCAUCCUAGAAGGCAAGCUGAAGUUUAGCGAUCGCAGCUCCACGGGUAGUAAGACUACCUCAAGAAGACGAUACGGUUGGCGCAGUAAGAUUCCGUCCUUCAGCUUCCUCAAUGGCACCGGUACCUGGAUUGGUGAAAAGGCUGGAAAUGCUACUGUGGGGGUCAAGAGACUUUUCCACAAAUGA